GCGCGCGGAGGAGAGGGCGCCGGCAACCGUGCGAGCUGGCCGGGCGUUGGCUGGCGCUCCCGGGUAGCAUAGGAGGCCCGGCCCUGUGAGCCUCGCCGGAGUACCUCUCGGUGGGGAGCGCCCCCGCAUCCCAACCCCGGGCUGGCCCAACUUGAUGCCAUCUUUCGGUCGGCUGGGGAAGUUGGAAAGUUUUUUGUGUUUUUUCCUUACUUUGGCUCAGAAGUCUGCCUCUCCAUCAGGAAGCCCUGUGCUCGCUGGGCAUCCUCGACGCCCUCUCCCCUCAGCCCCUUGCAGCCCCUCCUGUCUGCUCCCCACACUCCCUCGCUAGGCGAUCUCACCCAGAAUUGCAGCUAUCACCUGCCCAGCCGCGCUGCCCAAACUUGCGUCCAGAGCUCAGAUGUGCCAGCCCUCCCCGAUCCCCUGCAUCUGCCCCUCUUGCGUUUCCUGGAAGGACUUCAAUCACUGAAACAGCCGAGGAAUUCAUUCAUCUGUUAUAUGCGGCAAACAUGUCCUGGCUUCUCAGCAGUGAGCUAGGUGGGUGCUUAUGGGCAAGGCCUGGAAGUGAAGAGAUGAUCCCCGCGUUCUGGCUGAAGUGCUAUGGUUCCUCCCUCCUCCGCCUCUCACUAUGUUGCAUCAAGUGUUCAAGCCCAGGCCAGUAAUGGCCGGACAACCCAUGCGCAUAGGGGACCAGCUGAUUCUGGAGGAAGACUAUGAUGAGACCUACGUACCCAGCGAGGAAGAAAUUCUUGAAUUUGCCAAAGAGAUUGGUAUUGACCCCACCAAGGAACCAGAACUGAUGUGGCUGGCAAGGGAGGGCAUUGUGGCCCCACUGCCUGUGGAGUGGAAACCGUGCCAGGACAUCACAGGUGAUAUUUACUAUUUCAACUUUGCCAAUGGGCAGUCCACGUGGGACCAUCCGUGUGACGAGCAUUAUCGGAACUUGGUGAUCCAAGAGCGGGGGAAGCUGUCAACUCCUGGGGCUGUUAAGAAGAAAGACAAGAAAAAGAAAAAGGAAAAGAAAGACAAGAAGGAUAGGGAGACCUGUAAAAAUUCCCUGGAAACACUGCCUGAGCAGGGACUUCUGCCUUCCUCCUCUCUCCGUGGCCUGUCCCCUCUCCCUGCACGUGAGCUUGCUGAUCUGGACCUAGACCAAGAGAUGCAGGCUAGAAGUAAGGGCUCCUUUAAGAAAGGGAAGAGCCCAUGCAUGCUGGGUGACCCGCCCCGGCCUUUCCUGGGUGCCCUCCCCAGCAAACUGCAGCCGCUCUCCAAAAGCCAAGCUUUUCGAAAUCACCAGAUCUUUGCUGAUGUGGAGAAAAUCUUAGGGAGGGCCCCAACCCAACUCAGGCCAGACUUAGGUGACCAGCAGAGUCUGGAGAACCCCCAGAAGGUUGCAGAGAAAAUCGACCUGGGGUUUUCGGACCCUGAAAUAGAAGAGCUGAAAAAGAGGACCAGACAGCAGAAACGUGGCCCCCUAGGCCCUGCAAACGUGGGGCCUCUCCGGGAUGAGCAGGAUGCAUUAGGAUGCAGGAGCCAGACCCCUGCCCACCUGCAGCUUUCUGAAACCACCAGCAGUCCACAGCUGAAAGGGGAGCAGCACAGCCACAGCACAGCCCAGCUGAGCUCCACUGGCCCCAGGGGGGACAAGGGCCGAAGCCCCAUCCCCUUGCCAUCUGAGGAGGAGCCCUCCCUGUCCCUUUGUUCUGACCAGAUGCUGCCUACCAAGCUGCUGUUGUUAGAUAGGAGCCCAGCUGAAGAUCUGAGCUUGCCAGGAGUUCCUGGGGACAGCGAGAGUGUGGGCAAGGGGAGGCAAAGGAGAGAGUCCCCAGGAUUGUGGACGGGACAGUUCGCCAAGCUUGUCACCAAGGACACCUCAGAGAGCUGCAAGGAAACCGAGUCCAUUGACGCUGAGGCUACAGGGGCCCUGGCUGAAGAGGUGCCUCAGCGACUGUUCCUAGUAGCGCCCGACAUCCGGGAGGCAGAAGCAGCUCGGAAUGCCUGUUCUGAGAGUUCCCUGGCAGGGUCCCCUGCUAGUAAGAAGAGACAUCCCCCAGGGUCCCUGGAGUCUUCGGAUGAAGAUAGGAAGGCUAGUGGAUCUGGGCCCGACGAGGAGAGCAGCAGCUGCAGCAACAGUCUGGCCUCGCACUUUGGCUCUGAGGUCCUGGGUGAGGUGAACAACUUGCCUUGGGACCUGCCGAGACCCCAGGGAUUUGUCUGGGACGGGGGUCAGCCAGGUCCCGGACCCAGAGGUCAGCACUUCAGUCCCUUCCUAGCACCGCAGUUGUCCGAGAUGCACGGCCCUGCUGAGGAGUGCUCAGACAGCGAAGACUACUCUGAGGACCAGAAGUUCUACCAGCACAUCCUGCGGAUGGCCAAGGUCUCCAGGCGGCUGGAGGGCCUGGGGCUGCCCGAGAGCAUGCAGGAAAUGCCAUGCCAAGACAUCACCGGCGUGGUCUGCUGCAUGGCGGCUAGGUGUUCCAGGACAUGCAGUGAGGGCGAGCCUGACGUCCUCAUAGCCGCAGAGAGGGACUGCAGGUUCCUGGUUCAGGGACCGGAGGUGCUGGAGCUUCCUCAGGCAGUGGCCCUUGCUGCUGCUGGCCAGGCGCCCUCUCAGAAAGUCCAGUCCAGCAGCAGCCCCUGCAGGCAGGAGCUAGUCGAGCUGAGCUCCAGCAGAGGGCUUCCUGCAGGGCCUGACAAGAUGCAGCUUCUCCAUCAGGCCCUGGGUUCCUCGUUAGCCCCAGUCCACGCUCCUCUUGGGGGCCUGGCUCCUCUACGAGGCCUUGUGGAUGCCCCGCCUCCUGCUCUUCGUGGAUCUCAAAAUAUGAGCCUGGGGAGCUCGGUGGAGUCUGGGCAGCGUGGAGAACUGCUGCUUUCACAGGGUUUAAAGACUUCCGCUCGUACGAAAGGUCUCCUGGGCUCCAUCAUCCAGGAGGACAAGAGUACUCUCAGGAUUUUGGCUUUAGGGGAAGAGACCAAUGAGGAGGAUGAGGAAGAAAGUGACAACCAGAGUGCCCACAGCACGAGCGACCUUCUGAAGAACUUGCACCUGGACGUUGAGGCACUGGGGGCUGAUUUUGAGAAUAAGGAGUCUCUGAAGUCCAGCCAGCCGGAGAAGAAGGCUGUUUCCCUAGACUCGGAUGCUGCCCAUCCCGCUGCUCCCGGCCAGCUCUCCAGCCAAGGUGCGGGCAGCAGUCUGAGCAGUGCCCUUGGCAAAGAGCAGCAGGAGACAGGGGCAAGACCUUGGCUGCCAGAGAAAGAGGAGAAUGAGAAGAGCGAUCCUGGUGCUUCCCUGAGUCUGCUGACUCCUGGAGUGGACCCUGGGGAUGAUCCGCCUGCCCGGGCCUCUGCGAUGGAGCCACCAGAGGAUCCGGUGGGUGCCGCAGAGGAGGGUUCCCAAAGAGAGGAGGCAGCGAAGGAGCCAAAGAAGGAGGCCAGAUCAGACGACAGCGAAGAGUCAGAGAUCAGUGAACACAUGAAGGAACUGCAUCUCUCGGAUUCCAUGGAUUCUGACUCCAAGCCCCUCCGUGGCCUGGACUUUGGUUUCCGCAGCCGGAUCUCGGAGCGCCUGCUGGAUGUGGAUGUGCUUUCCCCAGUCCUGGACGGAGCCUGCUGGGAGGCCCAGAAGUUGGGACGAGAACACCAGGAUGACAGCCAGUCCAGCCGAGAGGAGCUGCAGAGCAGGCACUCCGGUGGCUUGGAGAGGUUGUCUCCUCCACUGCUGACCAGGGUGCGGCUCCAGAGUCCCCUUCAUAGCCAGGACACGGAGGAGGGGCCUCUGCAGGCACCCGAGGGGCAGGAGGCAGCAGAACCUGGGGAGGAGUCCAUAACCAGUCCUGUGCCGCUGAUGUUCCUCCAGAGUUGUUUCCUCAUGCUAUCAAGGGAACAGGCCCCAAGCCCGCCUGCUUCCCACGAGCGGGGCACGGAGCAGCGCUCCCAGGCCGAGGAGCUGGGCCCUGGGCAGGAAGAGGCCGAGGAACCUGAGGAGAAGGUGGCGGUCAGCCCCACCCCGCCAGUCUCGCCGGAGGUGCCAUCUACAGAGCCUGCGGCUCCUCCACAGCAGCCCUCGGAGGCCGCACUAAAGGCCGUGGAAGAGGCAGUGGCCCAGGAACUUGAACAAGACCAGAGGCGGCUGCUGGAGUUGGAGCGAGAGAAGAUGCAGCAGCUACGGGAGAAGCUGUGGCAAGAGGAGGAAGAGGAGGUCGUCCAGCAGAAAGUGAAGUCUCUCAGUUCCCUGCAGGAGCAGCUGCAGAAAGCCACCGAGGAGGAGGAGGCUCGGAUGAGGGAAGAGGAGAGCCAGAGGCUGUCCCGGCUCCGAGCACAGCUCCGCUCCAGCACAGAGGCAGAUGAGGACCAAAUCAGGGCCACGCAAGAGGCUUCCCUGCAGAGGCUGAGAGAGGAGCUGGAGUCUCUAGAGAAGGCGGAGAGGGCCAGCUUGGAACAGCAGAGCAGGCAGAAGCUGGAGCUGCUCAGAGAAGAGAUGGCGGCUCUGGAGAAGGACGAGCAGGCUGCCCUGAGAGCGGAGACGGAGGAGGCUCUGCGGCAGCUGAGGGAGCGGCUGCAAGGGGAGCGGAAAGACGCAUUGGCAAGGCUGGAGCAGGAGCACAGAACUGAGCUAGAGCAGCAGCGUUCCUUGCUGGAGACCAAGCACCAGGAGGUGCUGUCCGGCCUGCAGAAGAAGAUUGAGGAAGCUCAACAGAGAGAGGAGGCUGAGCUGCGGGAGAGCCUGGGGAAGGCAGAGCAGAGAGCUUACCAGAAGCUUCACCAAGUGCUUGAGUACGAGCAGGAGCUCAGCAGCCUCCUGCGGGAGAAGCGCCAGGAGGUGGAAAGGGAGCACGAGAGGAAGCUGGACAGGAUGAAGGAGGAGCACCAGCGAGCGGUGGCUGAGGCCAGAGAGCAGUACGAAGUGGAGGAGAGGAAGCAGCGGGCUGACCUGCUGGCACACCUGACGGGAGAGCUGGAGCGCCUGCGUCGGGCCCACGAGCGAGAGCUGGAGAGCACGAGGCAGGAGCAGGACAAGCAGCGCGAGGACUUGUGGCGCCGGCAGCGGGAGCAGGAAAGGAAACUCCAGGAUUUAGAGGUGGAGCUUGAAAUAAGAACCAAAGAUGUCAAGGCCAAGUUGGCUCAGCUGGACGUGCAGGAGAAGACGGCCCGGAAGGAGAAGCAGCAGCUGCUUGACGUGCAGAGGCAGGUGGCUCUGGAGAGAGAGGAAGCCACAGCCACCCAUCGGCACCUGGAGGAGGCGAAGAAGGAGCACGCCCAGCUGAUGGAGUCGAGCCGGCAGCUCCGGAGGGUGCUCGAUGAGCUUCAGGCUCGCAAGCUGGACCUGGAGUCCCAGCUGGAUCAGCUGCAGGCGCAGAGUCAGAGACUGCAGAGACACGUCAGCAGCCUGGAGGCUGAAGUCCAGAGGAAGCAGUCCACGUUGCAGGAGCUGGCGGCCGAGGAGAGUCACCAGGCUGCUCCACAUUUUGAGCCCAGUCUCCGCAUUGAAGACCUGAGGAAAUCCCUUGGGACAAACCUGGCCAAAGAGGCAUCCUCUUUCUCCCAGAGCAAGGAGGAGAGCCCCUUGUCCUUGGACAGCGUCCGGCACUAUCUCUCUGCUGAAGGGAUAGCCCUCCGCAGUGCCAAGGAGUUCCUGGUGCAGCAGACGCGCUCCAUGCAGAGGCGGCAGACGGCUCUGAAGGCCGCCCGGCAGCACUGGCGCCAGGAGCUGGCCAGUGCUCAGGAGGUGGCCAAAGACCCACCAGGCUCCAAGGUCCUGGAAGAUGUGCGCAAGAACCUGGAGGAGGAGACCAGACACCUGGAUGAGAUGAAGUCGGCCAUGCGCAAAGGCCGUGACCUGCUGAAGAAGAAAGAGCAGAAGCUGAACGAGCUGGAGUCUUCCCUUCGAGAAGAGGCCUCCGAUGAGGACACUCUGAGAGGAGCCCCCACCAAGAAGGUGGUGACCUUUGACCUCAGCGACGAGGAGGAAGAGAGCAGUGAAAGUUGUGAAUCUUCCUCCCUGCCUCCUGCGACGCCAACCCCGAGUCCCAUCUUCCCCACCAAGAUCCACCACUUGAGCAGCUCCCUGCAGCGCAUCAGCAGCGAGCUGAACGCGGUGCUCAGCAUGCUGGGCAGUCUCGGCACGCCGCCGCCGCCACCGCCGCCGCCCCCGCAGCCACUCUUCGCCUGCACGCCGGCCCCGUUCUCAGCCCGGCCCUCCAAGAGCGUCCCCACGCCUGCCUACCCCUCCCUGACCCCCAUCCCAGCCGCGUCUCCUGUUUCGCCCGUGUCCACCUCGUGGGCCUGGGACCCGGGGCUGGGCCCCAGGCUCUCCUCCUCCGUGGCUCAGACAGUGGACGACUUCCUGCUGGAGAAGUGGCGCAAGUAUUUUCCAUCUGGCAUCCCGUUGCUCAGUAACUGCCCGCCCCCCCUGGAGAACAAGCUGGGGUACGUGUCUGCCAGUGAGCAGCUCCGCUUCCUGCAGCGCCCCCAGUCCCAGGUCCCCGAGGCCAGCAGCACCAACUUCCAGGGCAUCAUCGAGGCUAACCGCAGGUGGCUGGAACAUUUCCGGAACGACCCCAAGUCACAUCUCUUCUCCGUGCCCAAGCCAGCAGCCACUGUGGGCCUGCUACAGCUGGGGCUGGAUGAGGACAAGACCCUGAAGGUGUAUCGCUACUGAGGCCCCGAGCCGGGGCUCUGGGGCAGCCCGGCCUCCUGCACACACAGACCAAGUGCCUGAGGAGCUGCCUGCACUUUAUCCCCCUGAUACGGUGUCCUCCUGUCCCCUUGCCGCCUGCCCUGCUCGGGGCUGGGAGGACAGGUGGCAGCAUCGGUAAACCACAAGCCAUGGCUUCUGUGACCAUGUGGCGUGGCUCAGGUGGACAUGCGGCGGCUUUGUGGGCUCUGGCGAAGGCACAGCAGUGCUGCAGGUGUGCGGCAGCUGGGGGCGUUGGGGACCUGGGCCCGGAGGUUGGCAUCAGAGGAGCUGCCUCCCGAGACCACGGGGAUCUGGAGCUGAGCUGCUCCCUGGGACCACUAGGACCGAGUGCCCUGCCUGUCUGCGCCCCGCGGCCACACCGUGUCUCCAGUACCUCAGCCUGGCGGAGGUCAGACCCUUCUGUUCUCAGCGGCUGCUCCCCGGCUCUCCUCUCCACCCUCUCAGGGUUGGGCUCGGCCACCAGAGCCCCACUGUGGCUGCUGGGCCCCAGGAAGCUCCGCUGCCUCUCCCUCUGUCCCCUUCCGAGCACUGUGCUUUCCCCCGGGCUCAGGAGUGCCCGCCUCUCCCAGCGCCAGCAGCCCGCAUCUCAGGUCUCACGCAUACUUCUUCAGGAAGCCAGAGAGCCCCAGGGAGAGGCGGGGCGGCUUCUGGCCUUCACUCUCCUCCGUGAGGAGGCCUUGGGUCUGUGCACAGGCUCGCAGCUCCGUCCCUUCUGCCUGUCCCACCCCCUGCCCCAUGCCACGGCCGCCUCGUCCCAGAGCCUGGCAGCGAGGGGCCUCCUGCCAGGCGGAGCGGCUGCCGUGCUGGCGCAGCUUCCUGCGGCACGCGCCUCGGGGGCUCCGGCCCGUUGUCUCAACAAAAUGCCCCCAUUUUUCUUCUCUUGAAAGCUGUGGGGCUGCCCCUGCCUCCCCGUGGCCUCAAAGCUAGCUGUCUCCGCCCCGCCCCUCAUUUCGUUGCCAUGGAAAAAGAAACUGAGAUCCCCUUGGCUUUUCUACCCCCUCAGGUACUUUGUAGGCAUCAGCCGACUGCACAGAGAAAGCCCAUUUUGUUACUUGGCUCGUUGUAUGUGCUUUGGAAUCGCUCGUGUGGUACGACCAACUCUGGUGACAAUCCUGUGUGUUCUGCAUCAAUUAAACCUCUGCGGGUCCUUUUUCUA